GUUUUUUUUUUUUUAAACACAUACUGAAUGUUAUAGUUACGAAAUAACGUUGGGGUUUCUCAUUUCUAAAUAUAGUCUAAAAGGGUAAAAUGGUAAUUGAAUAAAAAUAGAAUUAGAAAUUAGAAAACUUGUUGUCCAAGUUUUCGCUUUAAACGUACGAACAAAUCACCACACCGCCACACUCUCUCUCACCUUUAUAACUGUAGAUCCCUAAAACCGCCAUUGAAACAAACAUUUUCUCCUUUUCCUCAAGAAAACCUUCUCUCUCUCUCAUCCUUCUAAUGGCGGCACAAGUCGAGAUCGAAGAUCAAGAAUCCGUCACCAAUUUAGACAACGGCGAAAUCAUCAACCCCGGUUCUCAACCACCUAACUUCUCCGGCGAAUCAACGAUUCUUCUCCGUGAAUCAACCUUCGAACACGACCUCGUCAAAAACUGUUUCCUCACCGGAAUGGGAUCAUUCGCCAACGAGACAACAAUCGUCACCGUACGAAAAAACUCAACGGAGAGAAGAAUCACAACCAAAGCUAAAUUCGCUGUGUUCAAGAUUUUCACAGAAGCUAUGACGAAGAAGAACAACGGAGACGCCAAUGUUAAAUACGGAUGGUACUCUGGUUCCAAAGAAGAGAUCGAUCGUGUUAUUACGUAUGGAUUUAGUAAUCGUGAGAUCGAGAAAUUCGAAAACGACGUCGGAUCUCACGGUGUUGGAAUUCAUCUUGUUCAUCAUCGAUACUCUCUCGCUGCGGCUUUAGUUGGUGAAGGUGAUGAAGAAGGGAUAAAGAAUAUUCUCUUAUGCCGUGUGAUUCUUGGUAAACCGGAACAAAUCGAAGCUGGUUCUAAACAAUCGUACCCGAGUUCGAACCGAUUUGAUUCUGGUGUUGAUAAUCUUGAGAAUCCAAGAAAAUAUGUGAUUUGGAGCUCUAACAUGAAUUCUUACAUUCUUCCUACUUAUAUCGUCAGUUUCAAAUCUCCUCUUCUCAGAGGUCUAAUUGGAAGAGCAAGGUCACCAUGUGUUAGCUUCUCUGCUCUUAUGUCAAUUCUUUCGAAGUCACUUGAUGUUACAAGAAUGAACUUGAUUUUGACAAGUUAUGAUGAUUUUAGGAAACGGAAGCUGAGAAGAGAGCAGCUAGUUAGGAAGAUUAGGGAAGUGGUUGGAGAUCAUCUUCUUUUCAAGAUACUCAAGAAUCAGAGGCGUUAAAAAGUGUGUUAGGAGGACGUUACAGAUUUUACCUGAAGUAGCCAAAGUUUAACAGAAGCUGAUGAUGCGUAAUGGAGUUAGGUUUGAAACAAGAAAGAAACACAUUUUACACAUAGUAUAUAUAUAGAAAUAUAGACUUCUGCAAUGGAAAUCACUCUAAAAAUCACAAAAAAAAAGGUAGACUUUCUUUUUACUUUUUUGUUUGUUUUUAUGUGUUAGUUGUAUAAACCAAAAUUUACGUUAGUAAUACAAAUAGACACUUGGUAAAAAGCCCAAUGCCCA